AUGUUUCUUGCCGUGGGUCUUUCGGCUUCAUUAUCUGACGCCUUAUGGUUGCCUCCGGCCUGUGUGGUCUUUCGGCUUCAUUAUCUGACGCCUUAUGGUUGCCUCCGGCCUGUGUGCAGCUCCAACUCCAAGUGGUGCGAGAAGGCGGCCGACGGUCUCACAAUUGGAUGGCGCCAGGCUCAACAGCUUUAUGAUUUGUUUUGGACAAGAUGGAUCACUACCUAUCUGCCCUCAUUGCAUGUCAAAAAAACCAGUGAGGCUCCGCUACUUGCAAUAGGCGAUUUACUCCAAAUCGUCAACGUGGCACCAUGCAGACCCUGGAAGAAGGCUGUCGUUGAAGAGAUACUCCAAUCUAACAACGCUAAAGUGAGAGACGUCGUGUUCGGUACACAACAAGGAGCGCUGACAAGGGAUGUACGGAGACCGUGCCUGCUGUAA